CUGUUGAAUUGAAUUUUCUUUUUGAUAUUCUUUGACAGAAUGCAAGGUUUGUGUGGUCGAUUGGUCAAGUCUUGUGGUAAUAAUACACAUCUGGGUGAACGAUUCUUGCUCUGUUGCUCAAGUCUUGGGAGCUGCUUUCUCGGCGAGUAUGCAAAUAGAUCUUGUUCUAAUCUGAACUCUUAUGGACACGGGUGUGAAUACAAAAUCCAAAGUAUUAUAACUGUUUACAAGAAUGGUAAAAAUACUGUUCAAAUAAGAGGUCCUAGCCAUAAUAAUUUUUUAAGCCAAACCAGCAAAGGACGGACGAAGUUGGCGAGUAAACUCCGAAAGUGGCCCCAACGCGGAUGGAAAGUGGAAACAAGAAGUCAGCCCCCUACUUCUCUCGUUUCUCAAAUAAAUGUCAAUUACAAUCUUAAAGAAGUAACUAUGAUUACUGUUGCAGUUUCAAGGAAUACAAGAUAAUGGUUUCCCCAAGAUUACUGUUCUUCUUCCUUGCCCUUCUAAUAUUCACUGGCAAUACUGUCGCGCAGCCAGACGACUUCGUCCACCGCGAAUGUUUAGACAAGGGCAGCUACGCCUCUAACAGUACCUACGAGGCAAAUCUCAACUAUCUCCUCUCCUCUCUCACUUCUAACUCUGAAAUUGACUAUGGCUUCUACAAUUCCUCUCAUGGCCAAAACUCCGACAGUGUAUAUGCGAUUGGACUUUGCAGAGGGGAUGUUAACACAGAUACCUGCCGGAGUUGCCUACAUAAUGCUACCUCUCUUCUCCCACAGCGUUGCCCCAAUCAAAAGGAGGCAAUUGGAUGGUACGACGGCUGUAUGUUACGCUACUCGAAUCGCUCCAUUUUUGGCAUCAUGGAAACAGCUCCUUCUUCAAUUAUUCUCAACCCAAAUAACGUAUCGACCACUUACGUGGAUCAGUACAAUGAUGAUCUUUGGACCUUGUUUAAAAGCCUAACAAGUCAAGCUGCAGCAGGCGGUUCUCUUCGUAAGUUUGCGGCAAACAAGACAACCGUAGCACAAUCAAAACCACUGUAUGCGUUUGUGCAGUGCACCCCUGAUUUGUCAGAGCAACUAUGCAGGGAUUGCUUACUCGGAACUUUAUUUCAAGACUUUCCACGGUGUUGUGAUGGGAAGGAAGGUGUAAGAGUGUUCAAACCCAGCUGCAGUAUCAGGUUUGAGGUCUUCAACUUCCUUUCCUCUACUCCCGAUGCUUCGAUGCCGUCAUCUCCACUUGCACCGCCGGCAUCUCCUCCUCCAUCAUCAAACAAUACCACCACCACCACCACAACAGGAAGGAAGAGGAACACAUCUCGGAAGAUCAUCAUUAUAGUUGUGCCAACUGUUGUUCUUAUGCUCGUUGUCAUCUCCAUUUGCAUCUAUAUAAAAUCAAGGAAGCCAAGGAAGAAAGUUGAAAUUGUGGAUCAAAUUAGAAGCAUGGAAUCCUUGCAGUUCGACUUCGGCACCAUCAGAGUUGCAACGGAUAACUUUUCUGAAGCAAAUAAGCUUGGAGAAGGUGGUUUUGGUGCUGUUUACAAGGGUAUACUCUCUAACGGACAAGUUAUAGCUGUGAAAAGACUGUCAACAGAGUCGAGACAAGGAGAUUUAGAAUUUAAGAAUGAGGUCUUGUUGGUGGCCAAACUACAACACCGUAAUUUGGUUCGCCUCUUAGGCUUCUGCUUGGAAAUGGAAAGUAAUGAAAGGCUUUUAGUAUAUGAGUUUGUGCAAAAUGCAAGCCUUGAUCAAUUUCUUUUCGAUCCAAUCAGAGGUGCAGAUCUUGAUUGGGAAACACGUUACAAAAUCAUCGGAGGCAUUGCUCGAGGGAUGCUUUAUCUUCAUGAAGAUUCUCGACUCCGUAUUAUUCAUCGUGAUCUUAAAGCUAGUAACAUCCUUCUAGAUGGAAAAAUGGAUCCAAAAAUCUCAGAUUUUGGCACUGCAAGAAUGUUUUUAUCUGAUGAUCAAACACGGGAGAAUGCAAGCAGAGUUGUGGGGACCCCUGGGUAUAUGGCUCCAGAAUAUAGAAUACAUAAGCAAUUUUCUGUGAAGUCUGAUGUCUUUAGUUUUGGAGUACUAGUGCUAGAAAUAGUGAGUGGACAAGGGAUCCAUUCCUUUCGAAAUGAAGAGAAUCUGGAGUAUCUUCCAAGUUAUGCAUGGAGAAGCUGGAGCGAGGGAACUGCUUCAAAUAUUGUAGAUUCCAGAAUGAGGUCUGGCUCAACAAUUGCAAUAAUGAGAUGUAUCCACAUAGGAUUGCUAUGUGUUCAAGAAAACGCAGCAGACAGACCAACGAUGGCUGCGGUUGUUGUGAUGCUCAAUAAUAGCUCCAACACUCUGCCAGCUCCCUCACGACCUGCAUUUUUUUUGCAUAGCAAUAUUGAAUCAGACAUGUCUCCUAAUCAAUCCUUACAAGCUUCAAGAAACGAGGUUUCAGUUUCUAAUCUAGAUGCUCGCUAGAGUUUGAUGGAAGUAAUUAGACAUCUUUAUUUAGACAUUUGACAAAGACAAUGUUGUUGACUAUUUUUUUUUUUCCUCAUUUUGGACGAUGAAAUUAAGACAUUUGUAUAUCUUUGAAAUAUUAUAUAUAAAAUAUCUUUAAUGAUACAAGAAUGAGAGCCGUCAGUGACUUAUCAUUCUGUAUUUUUUUAGACUUAUCAUUCUCGCUAA